UUUUGCGUCUUUGUUAUUUUUGUGUCAUGCCCGGGGUUAUCGCAUUGGAAGGGAAGAGCAACUGUGUUUUCGGAAGGAUGGGGGGGCUUUCUGAACACCAAACUUGUAAAUCUGCCACUUUGGAGCAGCUGUUUCACUUUGUUUUGUUCUUCCUUGCAUCCUGUUGCAGAAAGUUGCUGACAGCAAUGGGGAUAAUCAACAUCGGAGGUCAAUGGGAUGAAACCGUUUGCAAUAUGAUCGCUUGUCAGCAUCCCCCCUGCUGGGAGUCUAUGCGGAGAAUCGAAAGUGGGCAUCCUCACAUUUUGCUGAAGAACGUAGCCAUACCUGGAAGAGAUUUCCCAGCAUCGGAAGACAAACUGCCAACCCUGAAGAUUGUUGACCUUCCCCUCCUCUAUCCUCGGAGAGAACGAGUUAAAUGUGUGGGAGGUUUUGAUUCCGGCUCUAAGAAAAUUUCCAGUAGCAAAGAAGCUAGAAAUUGCGUUUCAAAUUCUAUUCUGAAUGAUGGCUGGAUACCCGCCAUUUCGGUACUGAGUUCAGAAAAGAAUCCUUUCCCAGGUCUGAACUCCAGAAUGAAAUCUCAGUCUCUCCGUUUCCCACCAAUAAAUUUCACCUGCUCGAGGCAACCUGAGAAAGUGCAGGUGACAGAGCCCUCCGAGUUUGUGGUGCAGAGACUGGGUCCCCAGCCCCCCUGUGGAAGCACGGUUUUCCGGUGGGUUCCAGACAAGCGACCCAGAUUCCUGAAGUCUCAGAAUCCUAACGGGGGAGUAAAGAUGCCCCCACAAAAUAUAUGUGUGAAGGAACUUCCUUUGGAAAAUCUCCUCUCUCUCAAGGAUCAUCAAGGGGCUAAAAGAAAAAAGUCAAAUAAAGUUCCUACAGGAGGUCAACCCUACUUUCGUUAUCCAAAGCUGAAUCAAAAAGCUAACAAUAAGCCAAGUUCUGUAGGCGAACCAAGGAGCACAGAUGACGGCCUCCUCAGAGCAAGGCAACAGCCGGUGGACCCUCUGCCUCUGUGGCUACAAAAUGAAGGUGUGACUCAGGGGAGCAAGAGAGGAAAGGCGCUGCAGGAGACCAAGGAGAAAUUAGCAGCCUCCUUUAUUGUGCAGAAGGCACCCCGUUUUGACCGAUCCGAAGCGAAGAUCCCCAUGAAAGACAAAGAUUUGGGAAGAAGCCUAGGCCGCCAGCCCAAGAUCGUCUCAGCAGGCUCACUGAUCCUGAGACACCUGAGGGCAGAGCAGCUGGGGGACGCUGGUAACCAUCAAGGCAAGAAAGGAGGGGGCCUCCUUGAGCACAGCCAGAUGUCCCCAGAAUCUGCUGCAGGGAAUUGCAAGCUGCACGCGUCCCCAGCCAUGUUUGCUAAGAGAAAACCUUGCGUGAAAUUUAUGGAAUAUAAGACCAAUGUGGCACGGCUGGGCAUGGAGGGUGAGUGCAGUGGACUUUUAUCCUAG